AUGUAUUCCUACAGCGAACAUCUCACCACAAAGUUCACCGGAGGAGACAUGAAGGCUUCACAUUGCCGGCAGCUCAAUGAUUGCCAUGUCUUCGAGCGGAUGUGCCUGGAGAGUUAUGGGAACAACGUGUUUCUCGUGGCGCACCAUGAGACCCACCCCGACACCUUCAUGUGCAUGCAGUUCCUCAAGCGGAGUAUUGGCGUUGUUCAGUUGAAGACGUCACGGCAGAGCAACAGGCCAAGUCGUCAUCUGUGCCAGGACAUGAAACUCGACUCCAUUCCGCUGAUCUCAAGCAAAGGUUACUACGAUACGGCAAUUCCGUGUCCUCUAAAAGGAGGCUUUGAUGUGACCAUUUACGAUUCCGACAUGUCUCAGCUGUGUCCUGAUAGCGUCAUCCCUAUACGCUUGGAAAGCGAGUGUGAGAAGAACGAGGGAAUGCUGUUCAAAUUCAGGAAAACAGAGUGCAUUCAUCAGCAUUUAGCGAUGAAACCGGAACAGAAAUUGUUCUGCAUCGCCACCUGGACGGACGGUCGGUAUAAGUUCGUGGUUCUCCGGGAUGAUUCGUCGUUCCGGACUUGGUGCCUUCGCUACUCGGUCGCCGAGGGCGAUAAGGAUCGCAUAUUGGCCUACUUGUUCAUGGAUUUCGUUUGCGAUCCGACCGAUCGGAUUACAGAGAGUACAAAAUACCUAAGGCUGGAGAUGACCCGACGUGGACUGAUCUCUUUAUGCAUGGACGAAUUCCAUCACUGUUACGCAGACAAGAUGUACUUGUGUCACUCCGACAUGAAGCCUCACUGCCCGUUGUCCUGCGGCAUGUGUAAUCCCCACGGUAAGGUGCAUAACUGCCAAUUCGACAAGACGUACCACGGCACAUGGAUGCAAAGUACGAGACACGGCAACCGGAAAAUUUCCGUGUCCGCUAAUGAACUACGUAUUGAAGGAGAAGGCCGGUACACGUGUGUGCGCUUUGACAACUCUACCACCGACAGGGCUCUCAGUUUGCUGAGGAUUUUUGAGAACGGUUGUUACCCGCGCUUUGUGUGUGCUCAGUUCGAUAGGCCUGCCCCGUCCGUGCUGCACUACCGCCUUGGUAGCAGUAUCGUGUGGCCGAUAUUCCGUCAAAAAAACCCAUACCAGCUGAUUUGCUCGGAGAAAAAUUUCCGCUCAGCCUUGGCGCGACACCCCGGCGGCGUGCCUAACCUUCAAUAUGAGAUCCCGCAAAAGUCCCAGACCAGCGUCGUAAGUUUGAACGACGAGCAGGCUGUGUUUUGUAAUUUGUCCGUGGAAUUCGCAGCCAAAAUCGCCUUCGUAGAUCAGUUUAACUGUUCGGGUUGCCUCAGUCAAGAGAGCGCCGGUACUUCAGACCGCCUCGCUGUGCACUAUAACAACUGCUCCCAUAAACCGGGCUACUUGGAGUAUUUGUGUUUCGCUUCUUUUAAAUCUAUCGGCACUUACGAUCGAGUUCUAACGAGAAUUGUAGGAACCAAGGAACGCUAUUUCUGCUGGGUGUUUGUGUCCACCGAAAAAAUUUUGAUCCUUCCCGGAUCUGAGUGUAGCCCAUUUGAUGCCGAAUUGGCGUUGAGGGGUCAUCUGCCGCCGAAGGAUAUCUUAACACUUUAUAGUUCAACAAACGGUACGCUUUGUGACGCCAUUCAGUCAGAUCAAGACAGUUUCGUCAGAAUCCCUCCCAACAUGCAACAGACUUCCGCUUCUGACGCUAGACAGCCAAUGUCCUUUUAUCAUGUCAAAAUAUUUAUUCUGGUUUCAUGUGUUGUAAUUCAUCGGCCUUUCUUCUUGUGAUCAACUCAGCUGGACAACGGAACAUAAAUUCAAACUAUUUUAAGUUACAUUUGAAAAGUUUUAACAUUUUUACUCUUGCAUAUGCGGAACAUAAUCUACGAAGUAUAAAUGUUGGAACAAAUUGACAUUGUCUUGAGUUAUAAAAGCCCAAAUGUUAAACAUUGAACAUGGCCAGCUUUGUAUCAAUUUCACUAUGUGUAAGG